AUGAGAAAGGAUUUGACUCUCAGAGUCCUGAAUUCGGCAUUUGGGGCUGAUACAUCGGUGUUGUCUUUGCUCAACAUCGAUAUGUGGAAGCGGCUGAAGGUAGGAUCGAUAAUGGCUUUCCGCGCAUGGGGUCUGUUGAUACCACCGUUCUUUACACCUGCGACUCUGUUCAUAUUCGAAGGCACCAACGUUGAAAACAUCUUUGCAGCUAUACCGCAUCCGUCCAUCGCAAACGUCAGCGCAGCGCAUCUGUUCACUUACUCGCCACCCUCCCUACGCGGGACGAUACAGUACGAAACCGACGUGAACCGGAUCUUCACUGGACCAAGGACCGUCAUGAACCUCUUGGCUACUGCUACUUCAUCCCUCGGUGAGAUACUGCCGCUAGAUCUGCCUUUCAACAACUCAGCUUACUCCGUGGACUUCUACGCUCCAGUGGUCAAGUGCGGAGAUUCCAACGAGAUGGAAAAACAUGCUAUAUACGAGUUCUUACAGAAACAGAUAGCUAGGAAUAAUAGUGCGCUAGAGGAGACGGACGAUGCAUACAUCAGGCUUUGUACCUACUUACAACAGCUCCGGAGACUUUACAGCAGUUUCGCACCCUUGUCAACAAACACCCUCAAGACCGAUGAACGAACUUGGGAUGACAUUCCUGCGGCCUGA